AUGUUUAUGAGCUCAACUUCAUAUCGUAUUCACCAAAGCACUCACAACAAUAAAUAUAAUUACGAAUGUCAAACUUGUUACAGAAAAUUUAAAACAUCAUCAUCUCUUGUUCGUCAUAAUCGUCUUCAUAAGCCUGAGAAAUUAGAAGAAAUUAAAAAGAAAUACGGUUGCGAAUUUUGUGGAAAACAGUUCCUUGGUAGCUAUGCAUUGAAUCGUCACAUUAAUACACAUACAGGAGUAAAACCAUUCAUUUGUAACUUUGAUGGUUGUGGAAAAGCUUUUCCCGAGAAAUACAUAUUGGAAAUGCAUAUAAAAGGGCAUAAUGGUGAACUUUUAUACAGAUGUCACUUUGAAGGAUGUCAAGAAGCUUUUAAGUCAAGAUCGCAAUACAAAAUACAUAAAGAAACUCAUCCAACUCAAGAUAUAAUCAUAGAAGCUUUUGAAAUUAUUUAA